UGGCUCGCGCGACGCUGCUGUUAGACCGUACCAAGUCCUCCGGCAGCACCAACAUGCCAGUGUUCUUCCGACGCGCGCUGAGUCAGCCCCGCGAUAGUGUCGUGCAUGGAGCUGCAGAUGUCCCUGACGCCCCGCUUCUUGAAGGAGAGGAAGUGGCUGAGGCUGGCGGAUUCAUGGCGGCGUCGGCUCACAAUGGAAGUUCUCUGCGCGGGGGCUUCGGCGGAAUCUGCACCAGCUAUUCGCAGUGCGGGGGCCAGCAUUGGACAGGCUGCACCCGCUGCCCUGGAGACCAAGUCUGUGAGGCCAACGGCUUGGACCCUUGGACGAAAGUCUGCGUAGAUCGUCAAGCCCUGGAGCUCAACAUCAAGAGUGAAGGCGAUAUUUGCACAGCCCAUUCGCAGUGUGGGGGCCAGAACUGGACUGGUUGCUCUGAGUGUCCUGGAGACCAAGUUUGCGAGUCGAACGGCAUAGAUCCGUGGACCAAGGUGUGCGUGGAUCCUUACACCAAGGAGCUCACCAGCAUGGGACCCGGCAGCGUUUGUACAAUAUGCUCUCAGUGUGGAGGCCAGCAAUGGACAGGUUGCACCGAAUGCCCUGGAGGCCAGCGUUGUGUUCUCAAGGACGCCACUCAUGACCCUUGGACGAAGGUCUGCGUGGACGACCCUUUAACGCUGUCCUGCUACAGAUGA